AUGUGCCUUAUUAAUGAACCCGCGCAAUUACUUAAGAACUUAUUAGUUACCAACGACAAUUUUCAACGGGCGUGGACGUUAUUGAUAGAACGUUAUGAAAAUCGUCGCGUUAUGGUAGACACACAAUUAACGCUAUUGUUGUCGGCGCGCUCUCUUAAAACUGAAUCAGCUUCUGAAUUGAAGAAACUUCUCGGGGAAGUUAAAGAAGCAUUGGGGGCAUUGGAGUCGUUGGGAUGUCCGAUAAAGUAUUGGGAUAAUAUUUUGGUUUAUUUGAUUGUUCGCAAGCUCGAUUCAGAAACGGCUAAAGAUUGGGAAAAGUCCAUUAGCAGUUAUCGUGACCCUUCAACAUUCGAGGAGUUUGAGGAAUUUCUUGUUCGUAGGAUCUACACCCUUGAAGCGAUCGAAAAGCUGCCUGGAAAUAAUAAAAGAGUUACGCAAUCGUUUAAUAAAAAUUUUAAUUUCAAAUCUCACAACGCGUCAGUUCCAACUUCGGGAUGUUCGGCUUGCGGAGCUGCUCAUUACAUUGCCAGUUGCCCAGAGUAUUUAACACGGAAUGCGUCUCAAAGAACAGAUUUAAUAAUCUCACGGGGUCUCUGUUUUAAUUGUUUGGGGCCACACUUGUUUAAAAAAUGUCGAGUUUCUAAACGGUGUCGGUUCUGUAACAAGCCCCAUCAUUCCACCCUUCACGAAGCUCCUCCCGAGGCACGUAUAUUUAAUAAUAAAAACACCAAUCCACAAUCGAACUCUCCAGCGAAACAACUUCCUUCAUCAAGCCAUGUCGUGCAUUCUCAUCACCUUCAAACUUCGGUGCUCCUUGCCACGGCUUUAGUGCGGAUCAUCUCGCCCCGCGGAGAUUCGUUAAUAGUUCGCGCGUUGAUUGACCAAGGUUCGGAGGUGUCUUUCGUCGGCGAAACAUUAGUUCAACAGCUUCAUCUUCAACGGCGUUCAGCGAACGUUCCUAUAACCGGGAUCGGGUCGAAGCGUACCUGCGUUACCAACGGCGUGGUAUCGGUACGGUUGGUUUCGCGACUGAAUCCGAUCAUUUCCUUCGAAGAGGAAACUUUAAUUUUACCACAAUUAACCUCUUAUUUGCCUCAAAAGCGUUUUAAACACUUACCGAUUGAAAUGAGUGACCUGCCUUUAGCGGAUCCAGAGUUUACCUCAGAAAGAAAAAUCGACUUAAUACUGGGAGUUCAGUUUUAUUCAAAAAUAAUUCAAAACGGUGUAUUAAAGAGCAAAGACGGUCUUUUAAUUGCGCAGCAAACUGCCCUCGGUUGGGUUCUUUCCGGCGCGUUAUCUGAACAACCUUCUAAUCAUUCGAGCUCUUAUGGUUUUCAAUGUUCCAUCGACCGGGAAUUCCUCGACGUGAUGCAGCGCUUCUGGAAGCAAGAAGAUGAUACCGUCAAUAUUCCGCGUCUUUCAUCUGACGAACGCGCGUGUGAAGAGCACUUCACACAAACUCAUUCGCGACAUUCGAACGGUCGAUUUUUGGUACGGUUACCUUUUCGGAAGUCGCCUAAUGAGCUCGGAACUUCUUAUUCGGUUAAAUAUAAAAAAUUAAUUAAAAAUCCGAAGAAUGAAAUUUAUUCCGUCAUCAGGUUGUUGUUGAACUCUAGAGUUCCUUUUCGACAGUCGUAA